UUCUUUUCAAGUUCUUGGCGAUACUUCCAGUUUAUCUUAUUAUUUUUAUCUGUUAUUUAUCUACUUGUAAAAUAUUUCUUACGAAGUUUGAUAACGAUAAGUUUGAUCACUGAUACCAGUAGACCGGUAAAAUAGAUAACCAAGAAAUUAUUUUAAAAAGGAGAACGAUUCUGAUCCCUAAAUAUUACAUAUUAUAUGUAUAUAUAAAAACAUGAUAAUUAUGAAUUGACGGCACAAUUCGAUUUACAAGGUUUCCUGGAUUAACUUUGAUGAAGCAAUAAAAAAGAAAAAGCAGUUGAAGGAGGUUCAUUAAAAUGGGUAAUAUUCAGACAAACGAAAAACAAUCAAAGACGGGCAAAUCCCCGGCAAAAGGAAAACAUUUCAUCAGAAAUUUAAAUAGGAAGUCGUCGGGGCGCGACAGCAAAAAACAUGGAAAGAAGAAAACUGACGCGAAGCGAGAGUUCGAUAAAACGCCAGAUUCCGAUAACAACGAGUUGAUCGAAACAUCCGAUAAUGAUGCGGUCGAGUGCGUGUUCAAAACAGUGCGAGAUGUGGAGGGCGCGGCGACGGUGCAGCCGGAGGUAACGGACAGGUGCCGGUCAGCGACCCGCGACCAGUCCGCCUCCCGCUCCGGAGACUCCGAGUCAGUGUUCACGGACCCGCUCACGCCGCUCGCCGUCGAACUCAACCAGUGCUACUACUCCGCCGAGAGCGACAGCGCGCACGACGACCCCGCGCGCACCCUCACGCCCUCCGAGGCGCCCGCGCAGCCCCUCACUCCCUCUCUGCGCUCCCUCUCGCCCAUAGACAUGCCGCACGACGACGCCACCUCCGCGCUCUCCACUCACGCGGAAAAAGAAGAAAGACAUGACAUAUUAGAUGACAGCGACAGAGGCGAUGAAAAGGUUAUGGGAAAUACAUAUUCGAUAUCUAAGGCCCAAGAGUUGGAACGUAGCACGCACGAGUGCAACCAUGACUUCCGAGACAAUAGGCUCAAGGCUUGCCCGGGUCAGACCUCCUUCACGCUGUCCAAGCACAAGAAGGUGGAGCUGCCGCACUUGCCGCCUGUCGCCUGCGACUCUGCCCUCUCCGUUCUGGACGAUAACGUACUUACAGUUAACAUUACAGAAACAGAUCGCCGUCAUUCGAACGUCAGCGACGUGGUCGUGUCGGAGUCGAACGUGCUCCGCAAGGUGGCGUCCCUGACGCUGGAGAAGCUGACCGACUCCAAGGUGGUCCGCUCCAAAUUCGUGCCCGAGAAACUGGACUUCCACAUGCAUGAGAAAUUCGAAGGGCAAAUGCUUCUCAAUUGGUUCGCAUCGUCCAUCGCCGAUAAUAGUCAUCUGAAAACGUUGUUCAACCCACAAGAUCUGAAGAGCCUUGGAGUACAAUAUUUCACCUAUUUGCUAGCAGCAGGCGUUUUACGACAAGUUGCGGAUAGAGACGUGCCGUCCGAAACUAUUUUUAAGCCAAAUGUAAUGUAUUAUUGGGCAUACAUGGAGGCACCAGCACCACAAUCUAUAACCCCAGGCCGCAUUCAUGCGAGUCCGUGGUCUUCGGAUAGAGAUCAUCAGCAUGUUGAAGAGCACAUCACAAAUUAUUGUACUAUAGAAAAUAAUAGAAGUUUUAAUCAAAACAAUAAUGAAGAAGUGAAUGACAUCAGUGAAGCUAAAACCCUCAUAUCACAAUUAAAAAGGAAACUGAUAGAAUUAGAAUUCCAGUUAGAAAAGUAUAAAAUUAGUGCUCAAAUUGACAAAUUGAACAAAAAUUUGGAGAAAAAAUAUGAUGCAGAAUAUAAAGUUUUGUAUAGAAAAACAGAUUUAGUUAAUAAAGAAGUGCAGACAAUCUUUCCUUAUGAAUUUAAUAAGUUAUCUGAUACAUCUGUGAUAAAUCUACCUGAAUAUGACCCUCACAUAAGAACAAAUUUAAAUAAUGAUAAAAAAUUAGAUGUAAGUAUUAUACCUAAAGAAGUUGAUACCUCUAAAAACAGAUCUGAGAAAUUUGAGAAUUAUUGUAAACUUAAUAAAAGCAGAGAUUAUAAUCAAUCAUAUGCUAUAGAAGAUAUUCCACAAGAGACUGUACUGUCUGAGAAUAAAAGUGAAAAAGCAACAACAAAGGCAGACACAGCAGACAUUCCAGAAUCGAAACCAUCAGAUCAUUCCAGUGUAAAUACAUUAGGCAGCUCAUCUGAUGCUUCAUUUCGAAGUACAUACACAGAUUUACCAUGUGUACAAAAAAAUGAUAUUCAAUUAAAAAUUGCCACAAAUUCCACAAAUAUUGCUUCAGAUGUUACACUUGACACUGCUGUUAAUGAAGUAGUAAGAACUAGCAACUCAGGAAAUACAAAUGAAUCGUCACAGACUGAAAAUUUGGUGAACACUGAAAUGAACACUGGGAAAUGCACAGUUAAUGCUGUGAAUGUUACAAGCCCAACAUUCGCUCCCCUACCUCCCCCCUCGCCAGGGAUGGCUCCGCCACCACCCCCGAUGCCGGGAACAACAAUAACUGAAGAUAAAUUUGAAGACUCUUUAAAUACAUUAAGUAUAAUAAACAGUGCCCAUCCUGGUGUUUCUUCUUCUUCUAAAGACUGUACUAAGUCUAUCUUAACAGCUGGAACGGGACAAUCAUUGCCUCCACCGGAGUCCAAAACUUCGGCAAACACACACCCUACAUCUCCAACAUCAACGAGAUCUUCGCCCCCACCGAUGAAAGUGCCUGUAAAUACUAUAUCUCCUCCUCCAACUUUAGGAGAAUCCCCUCCGCUUCCGAUGCCGGAAAUGGGAUCCCCUUCACCCACAAUGCCAGGAAUAGGACCCCCUCCGCCGCCGAUGCCAGGGACGAUGGCUCCUCCUCCACCACCGAUGCCAGGAUUGGGUCCCCCUCCUCCGCUUAUGCCUGGAAUGGGUCCCCCUCCCCCGCCUAUACCUGGAAUGGGUCCCCCUCCCCCGCCUAUGCUUGGAAUAGGUCCCCCUCCCCCGCCUAUGCCCGGGUUGGGUCCCCCUCCGCCACCAUUACCCGGAGUGGGACCUCCUCCGCCGCCAAUGCCUGGAAUGAGUCCCCCUCCACCUCCUAUGCCAGGAAUAGGUCCCCCGCCACCGCCGAUGGGUGGCGUAGGCCCCCCUCCCCCGCCGCCCCCGAGCUCCGGCCCCGCCCCGCCGCCGCCCAGCAUGGCGCCAGUACCGUUCCCAGCUCCACCCGUUGGCGGUUGGAACGUUCAAAGAGCAACGUUACGGAAAACACCGAUAAAACCAGCGGCGCCCAUGAAGCCGUUGUAUUGGACUCGAAUCCUCGCGCCGCCCGCCGCGCAGGCGUACCAGACGGAGGUCGAGAACGCUAAGCUAAAACCGCUUUGGCUUGAAAUAGAAGAGGCCAAGUUGGACAACAUUGACGAAUUCACAGAUUUAUUUUCCCGGCAAGUCGUCAAAGCGCCCGUGAAGAAAAAGGUUGAGGUGAAAACUAAGAUCCAACCUGUGAAAAUUUUGGACAGCAAGCGCUCGCAAAAUGUCGGCAUCCUCGCGCAAAGUUUACAUGUGGAGUUUUCUGAAAUAGAAAAUGCUAUUUAUAACUUUGAUACCUCUGUAGUUAGCUUAGAAGCUCUGCAACAAAUAUAUGAAUUGAGGGCAACCGACGAAGAACUAAGUAUGAUCAAAGAGCACCUCAAAAGCAAAUCGGACAUACCUUUGGACAAGCCGGAAGCGUUCCUUCACGAUUUGUCAGGAAUCCCGAACUUCGCCGAGCGCAUAUCGUGUUUCAUGUUCCAGGCAGACUUUGAGGACGCGAUCAGCACGAUUAUGCAUAAGCUGGAUAACUUGAAACACACGUGUGAGUUUCUCAUGAAUAAUGAAUCUCUGAAGAAAUUGUUUGCCAUAAUAUUAACUUUGGGGAAUUACAUGAACGGCGGCAAUGGGCAAAGAGGCCAGGCGGAUGGAUUCGGACUGGAGAUAUUAUCAAAGUUGAAGGAUGUGAAGUCGAAGCAGUCGAACGUGACCCUGCUGCACUUCAUAGUGCGCACGUACAUGAAGUGCAGCGGCGGCGCGCUGGCGCCGCAGUGCGCGCUGUGCGUGCCGGAGCCCGGGGACGCGCGCCGCGCCGCCGCCACGGACUUCGGCGACGAGCGGCUGCAGCUCGCCGCGCUCCACGCCCAGCUCGCAGAAUGUAAAGAAAAAAUGAAAAAAGUGAUAGAAACGGACGCACAAAGUCACAGCCCCGAUGAAAGUUCUGGAACGGAAAAUGUAAAGAGACAGGAUAUUUUUAAGGAGAAGAUGACCACAUUCAUAAACUCUGCCGAGGAAAAACUAAAGACUGAGUAUGAGAACUUGGAGGAUUGCCGGAGUAAGUUCAUCGCUACCGUGCGGUUCUACCAGUACACGCCCAAGUGUGGGAAAGUGGAGGAGUGCGAACCGAAAGAAUUUUUUUCUCUAUGGACAUCGUUUUGCAGCGAUUUCAAGGACAUUUAUAAAAAGGAGGAACAGAUAGCGAUCAAAGAAAGAUUGAAAGAGGCCAAAAAGCAACAGGGUGAAAGGAAAUCCCUUACACAACCAAAAAAGGAGGGCGGCCUAAAGGCGCGUCUGCAGAAAUUAUCAAGUACAACAAAAAAGUGAAGUCUUUUCACGCGACAACGAAACAACCGCCUAGCUUAAGUUUUAAAGCACAAAUACUGCUAAUAUAGCAGUAAUAACCAUCGAAUACUAAUAAUAUUUAUACGACAACUUUUUGUACAAAUUAUUCCAUGAUUAGCACAUUCCAAUUUUAGCUCUGUUUUGCGUUUUAUGCGAACUGUAAUUUAGUAUUGAAUGCGUCGAGCGUAUUUAUUUUAAACUUUGUACAUAUUGUGUAACAUAAGUAUACAUAAUAUGUGAUAUUAAAUAUGAGAGUGGCUAGUUUAGUUGUCUUUACACUUUGGCUAUUAGUUAUCCCUGAACCUAAACUUUUAGUACCCUAUAAGAUGAUUAAUGAUCAAAUUAAUGAUCAAAUAAAUUAAAGUUAUUCCGGGGUCCUAGUAGCAGGAAUAAAAAGUACUUGCUACCAUUGAGACAUGAUUUUGUCUUCUGAAUCGAUAUCCAAGUAGCUGAGUGCUUUAGUGACUCAGUAUUUUUAUUUAUUGAAAAAAUGCGAAAGAAUGUAUAAAAUGCCCCAUCUUGUUCUGCUAAUAGCCUCAAUUUGUGGAAUAAAUGUAAAAGUGUACUAUAAAUGUCAAAUAUUGGAAUUUAAUGAAUUUACUUCAGAAUAAUAUAGGCCCAGUUUAAUCUCCAAAUAUUUUUGAAUCCUACUGUGCUAGGAUCAAUCUGGCAUGUUUUUUACUAUACUAAGGCAUAGGGCCUACCUUGUGGAUUGAUUGAAAGUGGUUUAUAAAGGAAAUAUAAUAUUAUUUGUAUUGUUCAUGAAUGUAAAUAUAAUAUAGUCAUUAUUGUACAUAGAUUUAUUCACACCAUGAGACUGCAUAUACUUAAUAGAAAAAAAUUGAAACUAUUUGUUUAUACCACAGGGUGAUCCAACCUAACUGCUACUGAAAUCAAUGUUGGUAUUAGAUGCAACGUCUAUUGAGUUGGUACAAUUAGUUGCAUUUUUAUUUAAAUUAUUUAUUGUGUCAGUUUUCGUAAAAUAUUACUAUGAAAAUGGUGCUGUAAUAAGUAUAUUGUAUUGUACAUACUUAAUAAACAAUAUAAAGAAAUA